AUGAUUAUUUUUAGAAAGUUCUGUUAUAGGUUUGCCUAAGCCAUAUAAGAAUCCUAGUAACAAAUCUCUAAAUAUUCAAACCCAGACAGCAUCCCUACAAAAAUGGUUUUAAAAAACAUAACCCUCUCUGAGUAGCUUUCAAUCUAAUAGCUCUCUAUCUUGACUGAUAUUGACCAAAAAGAACUAAUCAGAACAAUAAAUCAAUUUUCUAAAUAACCUGUUAAUUAUACUAAAAUAACUAAAGAUCUUAUCGAACCGAUUUUGCCAUUAUAUAAUUUAAGCUCCUACAAAGAAAAUCCAAUUACAAGACCACCAAUUAUAACUAUUAUGGGGCAUGUUGAUCAUGGAAAAACUACAUUAUUGGAUAGACUAAGAAAUUCAAAUAUAGCUGAAGGAGAAGUGGGGGGAAUAACAUAAAAAAUUGGUGCUUUUCAUGUAAAAGUGGGAGACAAUUAAAUCACAUUUAUUGAUACUCCAGGACACGAGGCAUUUUCUAAUAUGAGAUAGAGAGGAGCUGAGUUUACUGAUAUGAUUAUUUUAGUGGUAUCUGCAGCAGAUGGAGUUUAACCUCAAACCAAAGAAGUCAUCUAAAUUGCUUCCUAAUUAAAUAUCCCUAUUAUUGUUGCCAUCAAUAAAAUCGAUGUUCCUAAUGUUAAUCCAGAGGAUGUUGAAUUAGAAUUAUUGGAGUGUGGUCUUGAUUUGGAAUCUUAAGGAGGAAAUAUCCCAGUUGUACAUAUAAGUGCAAAAAAUGGGAAGAAUAUUGAUUUAUUAUUGGAAUUGAUUCAAUUUUAAGGAGAGCUCUUAGAAUUAAAGGCAGAUCCUACAGUUCCUGCUUAAGGAGUUGUUCUAGAAGCAAGAUAAUCAGAAUUGACUGAAGAAAGAGGAUCUACAAUUAUUGUACAAAAAGGAAGUCUCAAAAUUAAUGAUAUAAUUGUUGUUGGCAAUUAAUAUGGAAAAGUUAGAGUAAUGAGAGAUGACAGAGCAAAUACAAUGUAGAUAGCAGGACCUUCAAGUGCGAUUGAAAUUAUUGGAUUAAAGGAGAUUCCUUAGAGUGGUUCCAAAUUCUUUGUUGCAAAGAAUGAAUUAAUAGCUCAAUUAAUUGUAAAUAAAAGAAAAAAAGAAGCAGAAUUUAAAUAACUAUAAAAUGCAGAAAUGAUUGAUGGAUCAUUUGGAAAGAUUAAAUUUUAAAAUAAACAUGAAAAGCGAGAUGUUUAUGGUGAUACUAAGCAUCUUAUAGAGAAAUAUAAGGAAAUUUAAAAUAUGUUGAGAGAAGAAAUAGAAUCAACUGAGGAUCCAGAAAUCAAAGAAGCUUUGGUAGAAAAACUUAGAUAACAUGAAUUAUUCUCAUCUUAAAUGAUUAAUCUUGCUCCAGAUACAUAAGUCUUAAAACUAGUGAUUAAAGGUUAAGAUUUUGGAACUUUAGAGACUCUUAUAAAAUUAGUGAAUCAAUUAAAGGAGAAGGAGAAUGCUGAGAUAUUGAUACUUUCAUCAGGUGUUGGAGAUGUAACCUAAAAAGACUUUAAGGAUGCUUAAUUGUUUGGUGCUACGAUAGUUACAUUGAAUUCCAAUGUUCCAAAUGAUAUCAUUAGAUAGGCUUAAUAAGAUAAGAUAGACAUAGUCUAGCAUUAGAUUAUCUAUCAUUUAAUUGAUGACUUAAAAACUCUUGUCACAGCUCCUAGAAAUGCUAAAGUUAGUAUUAUUGGAACAGCCAAAGUAUAGAAUGUCUUCGAUGUGAAACUCAAAGGGCAAUCAAGAAAGAUUUAUGGUCUGACUGUCACCCAUGGAAUUUUGAAUAAAAAAUGCAGGGUGAGAUUAUUGAGAGGGGGGAAGGUUGUUGCUGCUGAUCUGGAAAUUGCCAAUUUAAAGCACUUUAAAGAGGAGGUUGACCGUAUAGAAUCUGGGAAAGAUUGUGGAUUAUCAAUUAUAUCAAAUGUUGAAGUGAAAGUUGGCGAUGAAUUUGAAUGCUAUAAAAGUUGA